AUGGCAAAUCGACGUUCCUUGAAUGAGGAGGAAAUCUGGGGUGUUUUCGAGUCUCUUCCCUCAGAUCCAGUAUCACCAUUUUCUGACCUUGAUGAAGAAGAAGCUUUUCAAGAUCAUGAAGACGAAGAUUCAUCCUCUGACGAAAUAAUCAACGAAGAAAUGGAUAUGAGUGUUCCUGAAAGUGACGAAGAUUCAGAUGAUGAAGUAAGUGAGAAUAUUCCUACUGGUAUUUGGGAGCCAUAUAAUGAGGCUGCACAUGUUUUACCAAACUUUGAUUAUACGGGAAGUCAGGAAUUUCUAUGCCCAAAUACAUCUAUAAAAUACCCAAUAGACUUUUUCCAUCUCUUUUUCACUGUGGAACUUCUGACCACAAUAACUCUGGAAACAAAUCGUUAUACCGAGGAAAAGAUAAAUCGCAAACGACCACUACCUCAGCAUUCAAUAUGGCAUGAUUGGGUACCAUUUACUGUAGAAGAGAUGGAAGCGUUUCGCGGUGUUCUUUUGUAUAUGGCAAUUAAAAGAAAAUCAACCCUAAAAGAUUUCUUCUCUGGUCAGUGGUUGGAUUCAUCGACUUUUCCAAGGCAGAUAUUUUCAAAGAAAAGAUUUUUGCAGCUUUUUUGGGGCCUACACGUGUCUCCUCCAUGCCAGAGCCCUUCUAACCCAAUCGUGUGUCGUAAAGCUAAAGUAAAUAAUGUUGUAAAUUAUUUGAAUGGAAAAUUCUUGGAAUUUUAUCGCCCAAGUAGUAACCUUUCAGCUGACGAGUCCACGGUUCCAUUCAAAGGACGCUCUGCCUGCAAAAUGUACGAACCUUAG